GAGGCAGCGCGUUGCUCCUGCCGGCCUCCAGGAGGGACCAACAAGGAGGAGACUCUCCAGCAACUUGGAAAAAGCGUAAGAGAAUAAGUGUGCUGCUAAUUGAAGCUUUUUAUGGAGGUUCACAUAAGCAGCUCAUGGACCUUCUCCAAGAAGAAAUAGGAGGCUGCAUCCUUUUUACUCUUCCGGCAAAGAAAUGGCACUGGAGGGCCAGAACUGCAGCUCUCUACUUCAUGCAGAAUGUACCAGCCAGUGCUGAUUACAGGAUCCUCUUUGCAAGCUCGGUGCUUAACCUGACUGAACUGGUUGCCCUUCGGCCUGACCUUGGCAAAUUGAAAAAGAUCCUUUACUUCCAUGAGAACCAAUUGACAUAUCCUGUCCAGAAAUGUCAGGAAAGGGACUUCCAAUAUGGAUAUAACCAGAUUCUUUCAUGUUUGGUUGCUGACAUUGUAGUGUUCAACUCUGCCUACAAUAUGGAGUCAUUUCUAACAUCGAUUGGGAAAUUUAUGAAAUUGAUGCCUGAUCACAGGCCUAAACAUCUGGAAAAGCUAAUCAGGCCAAAAUGCCAAGUCCUUUACUUUCCAAUAAAGUUCCCAAAUGUGAGCAGGUUUAUGCCAAAAAACACACUACCCCACAUUAAAGAAGGCCUCAAUGCUAAAGGAAUUGGAGAUACAUCUUUGCUUAUGGAGAUGCCCUUUCAAGAACAGAAGUGUGAAACUUCAAAUAUCAUCAAAACCAACAAUUUAGACCAAAGACCUGGACACCAAAAAGUAGAGUCUAGAUUUGGUUGCCCCUGGCCAGAGAGACAGCAUCUUUGUCAAGGAGAAGAGAGCCAAUGUGCCACUCCUCUUGGUCACAAUGUAGGCAGUUUGAAAUAUCAGCAGAGGCCUUUGCACAUUGUUUGGCCUCACAGAUGGGAACAUGAUAAAGAUCCUGAAAGCUUCUUUAAAGUGCUGAUGAAAUUGAAAAAGAUGGAACUGAAUUUUCAUGUCUCUGUCCUUGGAGAAGCCUUCACUGAUGUUCCAGAUAUAUUUUCAGAGGCCAAAAAGGCAUUGGAAUCAUCAGUGUUACACUGGGGCUACUUACCCAGCAAGGAUGACUAUUUCCAAGUUCUGUGCAUGGCUGAUGUGGUCAUCUCCACAGCUAAGCAUGAAUUCUUUGGUGUGGCAAUGAUAGAAGCGGUGCACUGCGGCUGUUACCCCCUCUGUCCGAAUGCUUUGGUCUAUCCAGAAAUAUUUCCAGCUGAAUAUCUGUAUUCUACACCUGAACAGCUUAUUAAAAGGCUUCAGAAUUUCUGCAAGAGACCAGAGAUUGUAAGGAAACAUCUCUAUAAGGGUGAAACAUCUCAGUUUUCUUGGGCAGCGCUCCAUGGUAAAUUCAGGUCUCUCCUCACAACAGAACCCAGGGAAGAUUUGUGACAGAUGAGGCGAAGUCACAAACUUGUGGCCGAAAGCAAAAUGGGGACAACUUUCCACGGUGUGUGUCCAUAUUUACCUGAUCAGAGCAAAAGAGGAAAAGAGGCAGAGGAAGCUCAGCCUGGCUGCUUGUCAUAGCUGACACAGAGCCAUCUGCCACAAACCUGUGGCGGCUUCAGAACUCCGAUCCCUGCCACCACUCCAGCUCAAAUUAAAUGCAGAUUCCCAGAGACGUUACGAUGGUUACACAUGUCCUCGGCAUCACAGGCAGGAGACUGAAAAAAUAAAUGUGGCCUGUUGUAUAACUAUGCUCAUGUAUCCCAUAUGUGGUGCCACAUUGAAUUUCCGGUGGAAUUUGUUUGUAUCCUUUGUACUGGAUGACACGGCGCCUGCGUGCUUUCCCUUGGCCGACGUGAUGGCAGCCAAGACUGCAACUUCAAACGUUUGCUACUCGGCCAGCUUACUACCUAGAGUGCCAGGUCAUCCUUGCAGCCUCGUUGUGUCCUCCAAGGGCCACAGGGUCUCGAAGGAGGACUGCUGCUCCCUCUCCAACCCACCCUCCCUGUCUAAUUGGGCAGAUCUCUAGGAAUUAUGGAGAGGCAGGGGUUGCUAUUUUUGCACUUCUUCCCACCAUCUCUUCCUCCUCUUCUAGCCUCCCCCCACCCACUUUCCUCCUUUUGCAAAUUAAUGACUCCAUGGCACUGGGGCUUUUAAGGGAAGGUAUUAAUAAGGAGGUCUGGCAGGUGAUCCCAGAGUUGCAUUUGCAUUUAAUUAAUCUUAAAGAAAGUGGCAAGAUAAACAGCUGUAAUUCAAACUAGCAUGGGAAAUAUGCUAUAUGGUGCCAUCUAUCCAAUGAAACGAAACGUUGGAGACUUGCUUUAUUUCUCUCAAGGCCAGUGAAUAGGCAGACGCCAGAAUUGUUCCAUGGGGUGUGGGGGGCAAAAGAGCUUUUCAUUAUGAAUUGAUCGCACUUCUAACAAUGAUACGGCAACUGCAUUGGUUGAUGUUAGAUGCUCCCAAAUUUCAGAUGUGCUCUAUCUUAUUUUUUAUUAAAAGUACCCCUUGAAGUGUUUGCUUAGCAUAUGCCAUAUGUUUAUGAGUAUGUUUCAGAAGGUCACAAAAGGUGAUGACAUGACCCCAGGACUGCAACCAACCUAAAAACAGGCCACUCACAAAGCAUCCAAAUUUUGAUCACGUGACCACGGGAAAUGCUGCAACAGUCAUAAGUCUGAAAAAUGGUUCUAAGUCACUUCAGUGCCAUUAAAACGGUUAUGAAUCAAAUGGUUCCAGGUUGAGGACAACCUGUACUUCAUUUCUACCUUAAACCUCCACUAUUGACCCGCAUUUAGCCCUGUGGCUAAAUACAAAAGUUACA